UAGAAGUCAACACAGAAAAAACUGUAGUGACUAACAAGUAGAAGAAUACUGUUUACAUGUAGACUACAGUGAGCUAUGGAUAAUGUAUAUCUCAGGAAGAAAUUCAAGCCAAAAUUUUGAUGAAAAUGAUGAGGGUGAUUGUACUGGAGGCAAGUGGGUCUGCCAGAUCAUGGUAGCAGAAGGAGUCAUUGGUGUCUUAGGAAACCUCUUAGUGUGCUUCGUCAUUCUGCGCGUCAAAUUCCUACACAAUAUGACAAACUAUCUGCUAGUCAAUUUGGCCGUGGCCGACAUGCUCACAUGCCUCACACUAUUCUUUUACAAUCUGACUGUCAGCCCGACCUGCACGCUUGUCAGAUAUGUUCCCAACAGUUCCUGGCAGAGGGAGCUGUUGUGCCGGAUUCUGGCAAGCAGCUACUUAGGGUGGGCGUUCUCCUACAUAUCAGCGUACAGCCUCUGCUUAGUCACGUUGGAGAGAUACGUCGCCGUGGUCCACCCACUGCAGUAUGCAAGGAAACUCACGGUACCGCGGAUGAUCACCCUAAUCUCUCUGACUUGGGUGAUAUCUUUUGCAGCAACGAUUCCGUUCUUACUGAUAAACAGUCCCAGUGAUGAUCCGGACAAGGCCUGCUCGGAGAUCAAAUACCCAAGCGAAUCAUUCCCAGUUGUUGUUGGAGUACAGGGGUUUCUGUUUGCCUUCCUUCUGCCGGUAGCUAUGAUGAGUUGGGCCUACUACAAGAUACAAGUCACUCUCAAAAGACAAGCAAAAGCCCUGAACCUGCGACAUGCAAGGGCAGCAGCCUAUGAUCUUGUGAUUGCUAGACAGCGUCUGGUCAGCAUGCUCACACUUGUCCUAGGAGCUCUUAUCAUUUUGUGGAUGCCAGUCUACAUUUCCCUUAUAUGCUUACAUCCGACAAACACCAGUACAUUUUUGUUCUGCGGUUCAAGCUCCUACGUCUCUGCCAGAGGGAUCCUGAAUUUUCUCUUUUACUUAAAUUCAGUGAUAAAUCCCUUUAUCUACGAGUUUAAGUACAAGAAAUUUCAGCAAGGUUUGAAGGUAGCUUUUUGUGGCUGUUUCAGUGGGAAAGGUGGAAACAGGGUUGCCACGGAGAUGGCACCAUUGUGAGAA